AUGGCUUAUGGCAACAACUACGCAAAGCCCUACCGGGGCCGCUCCACCUAUGGCUAUCAAGCCCGCUACAAUCCGCAGGCUGUCGCGUACAAAAAGCGUCGUUUCACAAAAUAUCCCACGUACUUUAAGAAGUCGGGGUAUUACGGCGGUGCCAAUUCAGGCUCUCGCAACUGGAGCUCAAGUACCUGGCGAUCAGCUACCAAAGCCAAUACCAAGACACGCCGCCUCUCUACCAAGACAAAGCCAAUGACACCUGCCCAGAAGCGAAAGUGGGAGUUUGUCCGCAACAUUGGCAUCUACAAGACUAGCGGUCGCAUCAGCUCAGAGUCUGAGAGUUACUCACUGGCAAAGAAUGAGGACACUAUUUGCAUUGCCGAGUCCAUGACAAGGUGCAGCUUCAGCAGAUCAUAUAUUGGCCUGGCCAGCGUGACAGACAAGUCGGUCAUCAACCUCGACGUGGAUACCAGUUGGGCAGUGCGCAUCGUGGGUUUCAUGUUGAAGCCCAUUGGCAAGCGGGAGGAUCUUAACGUCGGACAACUCGCACAAUUUGGUGCGGCAUCAGCAGGGCGCCACCAACUCAAAUCCAAUGAGAUGAAAAUCUUCAAGGCUGCCAUCUGGAACAAGAAGAAGGACUUGGACGAUGUGGACAUCAUGACAACUUGCACAUAUAGCGACCAAGUUGAGAUUUUCCUCGAUGACACGAAGUACUACAAACAGGGCACGGAGGUGUGCGUAGUGCCUGAGAAGCACAGCAUUCACAGCAUGAUGACGCUGGGACCAAAUGGGACACCGCUGAUGAGCGACCAGAGCGAUGGCUGCAACUACAUCAUCUUACGCAUGUUCCGUCCUCGGAGCGCAGACGCAGAAGUCGAAUUCUUCAAAACCGACUUGACUACGGGGUACUGGGACCUUCCUCAAAGCUUGCUUCUUCAAACUCCGGGUGUAACGGAAGUCAAGCAAGAGAUGGAUAUCUAG